AAUAGUACUCUUAAAGGUUAUGGUCUUUAAACGAAUUAUCCUUUGGGCUCCCCUUGGGGCCGCGCUAAAAUUUUCGUUAAGUAACUGACUUUUACCAAAGGUUUGAACCUGAAGUUUGAGUUUGAACAUCAAGGAAAAGUUGGUUUGCUUUACAAUGUUUUAAUAUUAGAUGUGAAUAGGACUCACAAGAAAACGACAGAGCCCAACACAGAAAUAUUUACAUUCCAUAUACGAGACUUAACAGAUCUUCCUACGAAAGCAGAAACACAGACGAUGAGGCAUUUCCGCUGCGGUGUACGACUACUAAUCGUAGUGAUCACCGGGUUGGCAAUUGCAACGGUUGCCGUUUUACUGCUUCAAAGCAUUCAGCAGAUGACGAUUGCAGUUCCCGUGGAAACUAGUGAAAAUCUCCAGAUACAAGAUUUUAUUGACGAAAUGACAAGAAGUACUCCGUAUGAAGCAACAGCUUUGGAAAAGAAAGAUUUGAGGUUUAGUCCUGCGGCAACAUAUAAUACUCUUAAUAAUUUUCCAUUAAAUCCCGCGUCAACAUCGGAUUCUUCCGAACGGAGACGAAGUUUGGUCGUCUUCGGGGCAGACCGUUCGGGAACGACUUUUAUCAGCCGAAUGUUUAGCCAAGACCCUCAGGUAUUCAUGAUCUACGAACCCCUCUGGGUAACGAAAAGGUGGAGGAAAACCGAACCACAUCGAGACUGGUCGAGAAGUGAGCUGGAGGUGAUAAAUGGAAUAAUUAGCUGUAACUUUCCAGAUUUUCCUAUGGCAACACAAUUUUUGGCCCACGCGUCACGCAACUGGGCAGCGGCACCGUUCAAAAAUCCAUUCCAAACAGUAAACUUCUGCAACGUUUCCAAGACUGGUAAGAGCAUGUGCCCUAACCUCUAUCUCGCGCCUGAAUUCGCCAAGGAGGCCUGUGCAACGAAAUACAAGCACAGCGUUACUAAAGUAGCCCAGGUUCGUGUGCCUGACCUAAUGCUUUCUAGCAUCGUACCACAGGUGUUUCUAGAGAACCCGGAUACUGACGUCAAAGUCAUUCAGAUUCUCCGAGAUCCGCGCGGAAGCUUGGACUCUAGAAUUAAAUUAGGCUGGAUGCCAAAACACACAUCGCCCUCGUUCACUUACCACGUGAAAUUUCCAUGCAAUAAAAUCGCACAGAAUGUAAAAUAUGGAAGAAACUUGCCCGAAAAGUAUCGUGACAAGAUUAUGGAAAUAUAUUACCGAGACAUAGCAAUGUCCCCCGUAAAAACUGCCUUGAAAAUCUACCAAUUUGCUGGAUUUGAGAUUUCGGAAGAUUUAAUUAAAUGGAUCGUUUUAAACACCAGCCCAAGCCAAGAAGCUCUUGCCAGAGAAUCCUCAAGGGUGUUUUCUUCUGUUCGGAACUCUACGGCAAAUAUCGAAAAAUGGCGCAGGGCCCCGGCAGAACAGAACAGGAUAAUAGAACGAGAGUGUCAUGAACUAAUGCAGCUGUUAGGAAUCGAGAAGAGAUGAAGCAUGAAAUACAGUAUUUACUUCAAGUGAUAAGCUGCAAACGUUUGUACUGGUCU